AAAUUAAAGAUGAAAUAAAAAAUCAUUUCAAAGAAUGGACAAAGGAAAACCCUACAAAAAAUCAAAGUAUAGAAGACCCAAUAACAAUGAAGGAACUAGAACAGGGUAUCAAAGAGGCCCUUUUGAAAAAAGCAACAGGCCCUCAAGCAAUAUUUAAUGAAAUGCUAAAACACAUAGACCUAUAUACAAAAAACAAAAUACUAGCUAUUCUCAAUAGCUGCAUAAAUCUACAAACUAUUCCUAAAUCUUGGAAAAAAGGCAACAUAUACCCAAUAUCCAAAAAGCAGUGA